UUUUACCCCUACCCCCACCCCUCGCUCCUGAACCGGACUUAUCAGGAGCCAGUAGCUUGCUAGGACCUGGCUUGGCAUCGGAUCAUGGAGGAUGCGUGGCUAGUUGCAGAUCCGAAUCAGAAGCCCGUUUACAGAGAAGCUCACCAGGAGACCUGUGACAGUCUGGUGGCACUGAGACCUGCAAGUCCCAAACCCAAUGAGAUUUUCCUGGUGGAAGAAGAUGAGGAACCUUGUGUCCCGGCAUCUAUUAAUAGGGAGAAUGCCAGAAGAGCCACCUUAGCAGUCGAGGGACUGGGCAGUGAAGAGGAGGAGGAGAGCGACGAGGAAGAUGUCCAGCAGCACGACAGCCCUGCGGUGGUGCAACUGGACGCCGGGAACUGCCAGAGCCUUCACUGGAGGGUGGUGCAGCAAGUGGGCGGCGGCAAGGUCCUGGCGCGGGAGGGGCCUCCCCUCGUGGUCCUGCAGAAGGGCUACGAGUGCGAGGACUGCGGCAAGGUGUUCAGCUGCAGCUCGCACUACAGCAAGCACCGGCGCACGCACACGGGCGAGCGCCCCUUCCGCUGCGGCGACUGCGGCAAGAGCUUCAACGUCAGCUCCAACCUCUACCGGCACCAGCGGGCACACGCCAGCGCCGGCGCCAAGCCGGCGGCCCCCGCGCCCUCCCUGAUGCCCAGCCGCGGGUUGCCCUACCAGUGCGCCGAGUGCGGGCGCUGCUUCCGCCGCAACACGGAGCUGGUGACGCACCAGCGCCUGCACACCGGGCGCUUGCCCUUCCAGUGCGGCGACUGCGGCAAGAGCUUCUCGUGGAGCUCCCACUUCGCCCGGCACCUGCGCAUCCACACCGGCGAGAAGCCCUACCCGUGCGACGAGUGCGGCAAGCGCUUCAGCCGCAGCUCGCACCUCUACCGCCACCAGCGCACGCACGGCAACAGCGCGGCGGCCAGCGUCACCCGCGCCUACAUCUGCACCUACUGCGGGCGCAGCUUCAGCACCACGCUGCACUUUGACCAGCACCAGCGCACUCACCGCGGGCGCAAGCCCUACAAGUGUACCCUGUGCGGCAAGGCCUUUGCCGACGGGCUGGCUCUGGUGAAACACCAGCGCCUGCACCUGAUGGGCGGGGACCAGAGCCACCAGUGCGCCGAGUGCGGGCAGAGCUUCGGCGGGCGCUCGCAGCUGGCCCGGCACCGCCGGCUGCACGGCACCGCCGAACAGCCCUACGGCUGCGGGGAGUGCGGGCAGAGCUUCGGCACGCGGGGCCAGCUGGCUCAGCACCGCCGGCUGCACCUGUCGGCCGACAAGCCCUACCGCUGCGGGGAGUGCGGGCUGAGCUUCACCUGGAGCUCCCACUGGGAGAGGCACCGGCGCAUCCACACGGGCGAGAGGCCUUACUCCUGCGCGGACUGCGGCAAGCGCUUCGGGCGCACCUCCCACCUCUACCGGCACCAGCGCACCCACGCCGGCGGGCAGCCCCACGUCUGCCCGGACUGCGGCAAGAGCUUCAACAGCACCUUGCACUUCCAGAGGCACCAGCACGCCCACCACCUCGAACCGGACGGCGGCCCGUUCCCCGGCCGGGCCUGCGGUGACUGUGCGAAGCCCUGCGCCACCUCCGCUGCCGCCUCCUCUCUGCUCAAGAACCAACACGCCCAUGCGGGCGAGAGGCCGUACCCCUGCCCCCAGUGCGGGCGCCGCUUCCGCGACACCGAACAUCUCUACCGCCACCUCCGCAGCCAUGCCCACCGGGCAGGGGAGACUGUACUCAUGCCGGCUUCUACACAGCGCAAGGAGCUGGUGUCGUGCUAA